UCAGAACAGAAUUAUUUAUUUAUUCCCCAAACUAGAAACAAUCCAAAUGUCUAUCAACAGAUAAAUGGAUAAGCAAAUGAUGAUAUAAUUGCAUAAUGGAAUACCACUCAGCAAUGAAAAGGAACAAACCACUCAUACAACAACACAGAUGAGCCUCAGAAACGUGAUGCUAAGUGAAAGAAGCCAGACCAAAAAAAUUACAUGCUAUUAUUCCAUUUCUAUGAAAUUUCUGGAAAAGGCAAAAACCAUGCAAAGUAGAUCAGAGGUUGGCUGGGGGCAAGAGCAGAGACUGACUACAAAUAGGCCCAAGGGAACGUUUUGGGGUGAUGGAAGUUUUCUAAAAGUGGAUUAUGGUGAUGGCUACACAACAGUAUAAAUUAAAGGUCAUCCAAAUGUGUACUUACAAUGUUUGAAUUGUAUGACAUGUAAAUUAUCUCAUUAAAUCUGUAUUUAAAAAAAAUAACUGUGCUGUGAAGUUUGACAUAUUUUAAAGUAGGAUGUCUUAGCCGGGCGUGGUGUUGCAUGCCUGUAGUCCUAGCUACUCAGGAAGUUGAGGCUAAAAGAUUGCUCGACCUCAGGAGUUCCAGGCUGCAGUGAGCUAUGAUCAUGCCACUGCACUCCAGCCUGGGCAACAGAGCAAAGACGUGGUCUUUAUAAAAAUUAAAAACUGGCCGGGCACAGUGGCUCACACCUCUAAUCCCAGCACUUUGGGAGGCUGAGGUGGGUGGAUCACUUGAGGUCAGGAGUUCGAGACCAGCCUGGCCAACGUGGUGAAACCCUGUCUCUACUAAAAAUAAAAACAUUAGCUGGGCAUGGUGGCGCACACCUGUAGUCCCAGCUACUUGGGAGGCUGAGGCAGGAGAAUCGCUUGAACCUGGGAGGUGGAGGUUGCAGUGAGCCCAGAUCGCGCCACUGCCCUCCAGCCUGGAGACACAGCCAGACUCCAUCUCAACAACGACAUCAAAAAAGGCCGGGCACAGUGGCUCAAGUCUGUAAUCUCAGCACUUUGGGAGGCCAAGACGGGCAGAUCACGAGGUCAGGAGUUUGAGACCAGCCUGGCCAAGAUGGUGAAACCCCACCUCUACUAAAAAUACAAAAAUUAGCUGGGUGUGGUGGCGGGCGCCUGUAAUCCCAGCUACUUGGGAGGCUGAGGCAGGAAAACUGCUUGAACCCGGGAGGCGGAAGGUGCAGUGAGCUCAAAAAAAAAAAAAAAAAAAAUCUAAAACUCAAACUUCUGAAUAACAAUUUCCUCCUAGCAAGAAGGGACUCAGUAAGAUAAGAAGCGCUGCUUGGCUACUUUGCAAAUCUCUUUAAUGUCUGGCUUAAGAUGGCUGGAUUUUCGUAUCUGCCUCUGCAUUUAACCUGGUCCAUCUCGCGGGUCACAUAGCGUCUACAAAACGGGAAGGGGUUCAAUGCCAUUAUCUCCGGGCCUGGGUGAAAGACUCAAGUCCUGACCCCAUCAUACUCCGACCAACACAUACCCUGCCUGCGCUGUCUGCGCCUGGGUCUCUUCACCCGCAGUGAGCGGUCGCACGGCCCCACAUCAGGGUCGCCCUGAGGCUCAGCCUUCCCCGGCCCCAUUCCGAGUGCGCACAGGACUGAACGAGCACGCCCGGCCCCUGCUCCGGAGCGGAGGGACACGACGCCGAUGCUCACGAUGCAGCGCAGUGACCUGAGGAAGGAGCGACGGGCGCUCGCGCCAAAGGCGUCCGAGUGCCUGGUAGACUGUAAAGCGCGGUCCUGCGUGAGUUGCUAUGGCUACAGCUGCGCCAGGAGGACGGCCUGCAGGACCGAGGUGCAGCUGGGACGAGCGGAGAGCUCUGCGCGUGGGCGGGGAGCCCCGAACCUCGCCGGGGCAAUGUCAUCUAGGUGCUCGGCGCUCUACUGAUCCGGCCCCCCGGGCGUGGGCGGGCACGUUUGCCUCGGAUGGUCUAACAGGCGUCGGGGAGAGCCAAUGGCGUGGCUUCACGGCUCCACCCCUUCCAUUCGAUUGGCCGGCGCCGAAAAGCCGGGCGUGAGCGGCCGCAGCCUCUGGAGGGAGCCCCCGCGGGUCUCUCCCUCACUCGUCCUCCGCGCGUCGCAGCUGUUCUGUUUUUCUCUGUCCGCCGCCAUGGCCCAAGCUGACAUCGCGCUGAUCGGAUUGGCCGUCAUGGGCCAGAACUUAAUUCUGAACAUGAAUGACCACGGCUUUGUGGUCUGUGCUUUUAAUAGGACUGUCUCCAAAGUUGAUGAUUUCUUGGCCAAUGAGGCAAAGGGAACCAAAGUGGUGGGUGCCCACUCCCUGAAAGAGAUGGUCUCCAAGCUGAAGAAGCCCCGGCGGAUCAUCCUCCUGGUGAAGGCUGGGCAAGCUGUGGAUGAUUUCAUCGAGAAAUUGGUACCGUUGUUGGAUACUGGUGACAUCAUCAUUGACGGAGGAAAUUCUGAAUAUAGGGACACCACAAGACGGUGCCAAGACCUCAAGGCCAAGGGAAUUUUAUUCGUGGGGAGUGGAGUCAGUGGUGGAGAGGAAGGGGCCCGGUAUGGCCCAUCGCUCAUGCCAGGAGGGAACAAAGAAGCGUGGCCCCAUAUCAAGACUAUCUUCCAAGGCAUUGCUGCAAAAGUAGGAACUGGAGAACCCUGCUGUGACUGGGUGGGAGAUGAGGGAGCAGGCCACUUCGUGAAGAUGGUGCACAACGGGAUAGAGUAUGGGGACAUGCAACUGAUCUGUGAGGCAUACCACCUGAUGAAAGACGUGCUGGGCAUGGCGCAGGAUGAGAUGGCCCAGGCCUUUGAGGAUUGGAAUAAGACAGAGCUAGACUCAUUCCUGAUUGAAAUCACAGCCAAUAUUCUCAAGUUCCAAGAUACCGAUGGCAAACACCUGCUGCCAAAGAUCAGGGACAGCGCCGGGCAGAAGGGCACAGGGAAGUGGACCGCCAUCUCCGCCCUGGAGUACGGCGUACCCGUCACCCUCAUUGGAGAAGCUGUCUUUGCUCGGUGCUUAUCAUCUCUGAAGGAUGAGAGAAUUCAAGCUAGCAAAAAGCUGAAGGGUCCCCAAAAGUUCCAGUUUGAUGGUGAUAAGAAAUCAUUCCUGGAGGACAUUCGGAAGGCACUCUACGCUUCCAAGAUCAUCUCUUAUGCUCAAGGCUUUAUGCUGCUAAGGCAGGCAGCCACCGAGUUUGGCUGGACCCUCAAUUAUGGUGGCAUUGCCCUGAUGUGGAGAGGGGGCUGCAUCAUCAGAAGUGUAUUCCUAGGAAAGAUAAAGGAUGCAUUUGAUCGAAACCCGGAACUUCAGAACCUCCUACUGGACGACUUCUUUAAGUCAGCUGUUGAAAACUGCCAGGACUCCUGGCGGCGGGCAGUCAGCACUGGGGUCCAGGCUGGCAUUCCCAUGCCCUGUUUUACCACUGCCCUCUCCUUCUAUGACGGGUACAGACAUGAGAUGCUUCCAGCCAACCUCAUCCAGGCUCAGCGGGAUUACUUCGGGGCUCACACCUAUGAACUCUUGGCCAAACCAGGGCAGUUUAUCCACACCAACUGGACAGGCCAUGGUGGCACUGUGUCAUCCUCGUCAUACAACGCCUGAUCAUGCUGCUCCUGUCACCCUCCACGAUUCCACAGACCAGGACAUUCCACAUGCCUCAUGGCACUGCCACCUGGCCCUUUGCCCUAUUUUCUGUUCAGAUCUUUUUUAAAAGUGUUGUAAGAGACUCCUGAGGAAGACACACAGUUUAUUUGUAAAGUAGCUCUGUGAGAGCCACCGUGCCCUCUGCCCUUGCCUCUUGGGACUGACCAGGAGCUGCUCAUGUGCGUGAGAGUGGGAACCAUCUCCUUGCGGCAGUGGCUUCUGCGUGCCCCGUGUGCUGGUGCGGUUCCCAUCACGCAGACGGGAAGGGUGUUUGCACACUUUGAUCAACUGGAACCUCUGUAUCAUGCGGCUGAAUUCCCUUUUUCCUUUAAUCAAUAAAAGCUACAUCAGACUGA